AUGGCGACUUCACGUGACGCCCCAAAUCCUCUACGACCAUACUAUAUCCCACCCUCGAUUGGCCUGCCACCAGACGUCCCACAAAGCCAGCAGACGGCUUCCCCAGCAUUGCCGGCCCCACGCUCAGGCAGAAUCAAACCCAGUUUUGGCACGCAGGCACGCGACAUCUUGUCAGAUCUCGAUUACGAUGCCUACUUCCCCAACGACUCGCCUACAGUAGCCGGCCAUGCGAAGAAAUUGCUGGAUCACGCCCUCUGGAACUACACGAGCGUGCUGCUGGCUCAGCCGUUCGAGGUGGCAAAGACGAUAUUGCAGGUCCAUGAAGCCAGCAGCCAAAUACAAGGACUGCCAUUAGAGGGCAAGGAGUGGGGACACAAGAGCAGGCCAGAAAGCUUUGCGAGUGGAAAGUUUGUUGACUUUCCCUCGGACGAAGAGUCGGAUGAGGAUUCGCCCAGCUACUUCACGUCAACUGCCCCUUCAACACGACUGAAUGAAGCCCCGCCAUCGCCCUACUCGCCCGCCCCGUCCUCAACCUCACAUUCUCCACAGAGACGGAGAAAAAAUGUACAAAGUCGCUCGCCAUCCUCGACACCUACCCGCCCCCCACCCUCGGCCGUCAAGAAACUCGAGCUCAAGCGCUCAGAUGCCCUCCUCGAAGUCAUCGCCCAACUUUGGCAGAAGGAAUCCGCAUGGGGCGUCUGGAAAGCCACCAACAGCACCUUCAUCUACAACUUCCUCCUCAAAACCACCGAAGGCUGGUUUCGCAGCCUCAUUUCCGCCGUCCUCAAUGUGCCAGACCCGAGCCUUCUCGGCUCUGCAAGCGGAAUCGGCGGCCUCGACAUACUCGACAGCCCUAGUCCCAUCACGUCCCUCGGCGUUGCAGUAGCCGCAACAGCAAUCGCCGCCAUACUCUUCGCUCCCUUGGACUUGAUCCGCACUCGUCUCAUCAUAUCCCCCAUAACAUCCCAACCGCGCUCAAUAUACCCCUGUCUCUCACUCCUCCCCACUCUCACGAUCUCUCCAUCUCUUCUCCCUGCAACGCUGCUACAUGCAUGCAUACCAACCAUGAUCUCGACCUCCACCCCUCUCUUCCUUCGCUCCAUGCUCAGCAUAGACCCCAUUCUCACACCAACAACCUACUCCAUGGGCACCUUCGCCUCUUCCAUUGGCGAGCUCUUCGUCCGUCUUCCCCUCGAAACCGUCCUGCGGAGAGGCCAAGUCGCCGUCUUGCAGGACUUGGAAAGCCAACGUGUCGCAGAAUCCUACAACACGCUACCUUCGCAUCCACAUGCUCAUUCACAGGACCUCCCCCAAUAUGCCCAGGAAGACGACACGAGUUUCGCUACUAUCGUCCAGCCAGGCCCCUAUAGGGGCAUCCUAGGCACCAUGUGGUAUAUUGCCCGUGACGAGGGUGUCACAGUCAUUGGUCCCAACGCCGCCAAGGCGGCCAGUGCAAAGGCUCUUGGCUUCUCGCGACCGAUCAAGACGAGGAAGGGCCAGGGUGUACAUGGGCUCUGGAGGGGAUGGAGAGUCGGUGUCUGGGGGCUGGUGGGUGUCUGGGGCGCUUCUGCCCUCGGCGGUGGUGGAGGCGAGUUUUAG